UUCACUUUCAUUAUACGAAGACGUGCAGAAUUCUGUGGAGUUCUGACCAUUCUCUGCCACAAAGGGGUCUACAGCAGCAGGAAAACAAUGGCGGCUCAGUAUCUAACUAUUAUAUUCAUACUUCAUAUUUUCUGCAGCAGAUAUUCUGCUGUAAAACUGCAGCAACCCGCUGCUCUAGCCGCCUUGGUCGGCUCCACCACUAACAUAAGUUGCCAGCUGCAAUUAAGUACAGAGAAAGUGAUCCGAGUUACUUUAUAUUGGUUUAAAAUAGAGGCUAAAACAACAAGAAGAGUCUACGUUUUUCCUGGUACUGAUCCUAAUUCUAUAAUCAGCAAACAAUCAGCACGACCUAGUAACCCAAACCACACAACAGAUAUGUCUUUGACCAUCGACAAUCUAAGACUCGCUUACACCGAGACAUAUUUCUGCUUUACUUCAUUGCUGAUUGGUUCAGACAGCAGAUCCUCAGUGGGGGAUGGAACAUAUGUUCUUGUAUAUGAAAACCUGAAAGCAUAUACCAACGGCACAGAUCUCAUUUGUGAAAUUGAGGUAUAUAAAGUGGAACACGUGACGCUGGUUUUGGAAUAUGCAGGGCGUCAGUAUAAGGACAGUGUUCAUGGCCUGCUUCCAAAGCCAAGUAACUCAUAUUGGAUUGCCAAUCGUCUGUAUAGUGGGACCACACAAUGCCAAGCCCAACAGAACGUCACCUUCUCCUGCCUGCUCCAGUACAAGGGGGAAAGCCUUCUGUAUCACACUAUAGAUGUUACCUGCGCAGGUGGCUUCAAUAGCUCGAGGCGCCAAGGAGACCCGGUGGCCCCUCACCCUGUACUCCUCUACAGUCUUCUCCUGGGAAACUCACUUGUGAUACUGAUAAUCGUUCUUCUCUUCUUCUUACUGGCAAAGAUGAGGGAGCGGAAGAGAAGGAAUAACGUCACCAUGCCAGAAUCAGCCAUUUCCAAAUACCACAAAUUUCGGCAACCUAAAGAGAAACUACAAUUUUUUAAAGAUUUAAAUUAAAUAUUUAAUUUGUGCGAUGCAGAUAAUGGGGUCCGCGUAUUAAGCCUUGGAGAGUGAUAAAAUGGAUGAAGAUAAAGUACCAGCUAAUCAGCUCCUAACUGCCAUGUUAUAGGCUGUGUUUGAAAACUGACAGGAGCUGGUUGGUUCAGUAGUUAAUCUCUCUCCACUUUACCUCUAUCCACGUCUUAGUACAUAGGGGGCUAUUCAAAGAUGAAUGCAGAUUGCUGCAUAGGCUUGGGGGCGUCCAGCACAGGCCAAUGCCGCCCAUCAUGUGUGAGGCCGCCCUCCUAUGCAUCGGAUCUGCACUGUCAGGCUGUCAGCGGCCAUUUUUUUCCCCGAACGGCUGCGUGUGACGGCACGCAGCCACCACGAAAAUGCUCCCGACACGCCCCAGUUCGGAAUGCCCUACCCCCUCCCAACGCCGCAUUGACACCCCCCCCGACGGUCGCCGCUGUCAAUCACACUGCGGCCACAUCCUUCAUGCACGCAGCCGCUGCGAGAGACUGCACGGCUGCAUCCAUCUUUGAAAUAGGCCCACAGACCCCUGUAUUUCCAUUCGCUUUAUCUCUCUCCGAGGCUUAAUACAUAGAGCCCUAAAUGAGGUGACUUAUGCUUCUAAUGAGUUAUAUAGUGGUUUAGAUUAAAUGUAAAGCAUGUUAUUUACAAUGUACACCCGAUGCGUUCUGCAAGACAUCCCGUGUUCUCACCAAUGUUCCUCCACAUUAAGGUGUGCACACUCGGGAGAAGCCUCCACAGGGUGGAUUACGAUGUUUUGGCGGUAGGGAUCCCGACGCCGGGAUCCCGACCACUGGAAUGCCGGCAGCGGGGUGAGCGCAAAAGAGCCCCUUGCAGGCUCACUGCGCUCAACACGCUGAAGGACGAUGAUGCACUACGCGCCAUGCUAUUUAUUCUCUCUCCAGGGUGGUCGUGGCCCCCCAAGAGUGAGAAUAAUUAUCGGUAUCCCGGCACCAAUAUGCUGGGCGCCGGGAUCCCGAGCACCGGGAUAUCGAGUGCCACCCCCUCCACAUCCUAAUAGUGGUUCUAGAUGUGUAGAGAGGGGAACAAUCAUUAUGAUCACUGCCGUCUGGUUUAGCUUUAUUAACACCUCAAAUAAAUACUCCAAGCCUCAGCUAUAACAUGUA